CUAGCCGCAACUCCAUAGCUAGCUCAGCUCCAAAGCCUCCAAUGCAAUCACUCCGCCUUCCUCUCUUCCACUAUCUCCACCGCACCACUUCACCACUUCACCCCACAAGACCCUUCUUCCAAAUUCGUUCUCAUACCACACAACCCAUCAAAAACGACGCCGUCACUCACGAGUUCCGCUUCUUCCGGGUAUACGAAUCCGGAAAAGUCGAGAAAUUCCACCAAACCCAUAAAGUCCCUCCCUCGCACGACCCCGUCACCGGAGUCCAAUCCAAAGACGUCAUCAUAUCCUCCGAGCCCGCCGUCUCCGCCCGUAUUUUCCUCCCCCGGAUCCGCCACCCGACCCGGAAACUCCCCGUCCUCUUCCACGUCCACGGCGGCGGCUUCUCCUUCGAAUCCGCAUUCUCCCCUCACAUACACAGCUACGUCAGCACUCUCUCCUCCGCGGCUGACGUCAUCGCCGUCUCCGUCGAGUACAGGCUGGCUCCGGAGCACCCGAUCCCGGCCUGCUACGACGAUUCGUGGGCGGCGCUCAACUGGGUCGCGUCGCAUUGCAGUAGAAACGGACCGGAGCCCUGGUUGAAUGACCACGCCGACUUUGACAGUGUCUUUGUCGCUGGGGACAGCGCCGGAGGAAACAUUUCGCAUGAUCUUGCGGUCCGGGUCGGGUUGUUGGGCUUACCCGGAGCGAAACUAGUCGGGGCGGUUCUCGUGCAUCCUUAUUUUGGGGGGACUGAUGAUGAUGCCAUGUGGCUCUACAUGUGUCGCGAUAACAAUGGGUUGCAGGAUAGGAGGCUGAGACCGAGUCUAGAGGAUCUGAGAAGGCUUGGGUGUGAGAGGGUGCUGGUUUUUGUUGCUGAGAAGGAUCAUUUGAGUGGUGUGGGGAAGAAUUAUGUGGACCAAUUGAAGAAGAGUGGGUGGAAUGGGAGUGUGGAGAUUGUAGAGAAUGAAGAAGAUCAUUGCUUCCAUUUAGAGGACCUCAAGUAUGAGAAGGCUGUGGCUUUGAUUAGGAGGAUUGCUUCAUUCAUUAAGCAUCGGUAAACAAUUCCGGUGAUCUGGUGUGUUUCUUUGUUGCUUGAAUGUUCAUGUAUGGAUUUUCAGACUUAAAGUAUUUUGAAACAUUGAU